AUGGCGAGAGAGGUCUGGGAGACGUUUGCCUUUCAGAAACGCACCGAGAAGCUGGCAAGCGAGGUGCCGAAACGCAAAACAGAAAUCAGCGCCAAGCUGCCUGUGUCACCAGGCAUGUACAGGAGUUUGUACAAGAGAGACUACCAGUGGUGCAAGGAGUACAAGCCACCCAACGAAGAGGACACACAGAAGCUGCAGAUUGCAGACUCCCAGCUAAAAGCCAAGGAGUUUGCCGUACCCCAGGAGGAGUGGGCGAUGACCUACAGUGACAGCGUUGCCUGGCAGGGGAGAGAAAUCAUCCCAGCACUGAGCAUCAAAGCCAGCGGUCGUGCUGAUGAUGCCGGAGGGAGAAGACCAGAAGAAAGCUACUUACCAAAGUACUACCCUGCCACCGAACUGGCAGCAACCCAGGCAGAGAAAUCGGAGAGGCUGCAGGCUCUCGCUGAGCUGGAGAACGAGCUGUCUUAUUGCCAGCAGCUUCCAGCUGCUGCUCAGACUGCUGGAACAGCAGGAACUUUGCUGCGCACGCAGAAGCUGGCCCCGGGCUGGGCCACCUACCAGCAAUUCACCCUGGAGACGUGCCAGGCAAGGCAGCACGAUGCUCAGCAAAACAGGAGCAUGAUCCUGGGCUCAUCUGUUUUGGUGGAAGAUUUUAACAGUGGGAAGAUGCUGAUGGACAAAAAUGAAUCUUGGUUCUCUAAUUUCUCCUCUGCUGCCUCCUCCUUUGUGAAAGGAGGUGGCAGCUGGGCAGGGAUCGGCCUCCAGGAGGUGGUCAUUGGGCUGAUACUAACCCUCAUUGACUUGAUCACGCUUCUGGGAAAUACAGUAGUCUUCAUCUGCCCAGUGGUGGAAAAGAGGCUGCGCACUGUCACCUAUAUGUUUAUCAUGUCCUUAGCCAUGGCAGAUUUCCUCGUAGCUUGUCUGGUCAUGCCCUUUAGUAUCAUUUACGAGGUGACGGGGAUGUGGUUGUUUGGGAAGCUGUUCUGCAAAGUCUGGAUCUCCUUUGAUGUCAUGUUCUGCACUGCAUCCAUCGUCACGUUGUGCUUCAUUAGCCUGGACAGAUAUUGCUCCGUGGUGACCCCGUACCACUAUUCAAGAAGGAUGUCCCGGGGCAGAUGCAUCGUGAUGACCUGCAUGGUCUGGGUUUACUCCUCCCUCAUUUCCUUCCUUCCCGUCAUGCAAGGCUGGAACGAGAUCCCUGGGGUGGACUUUGAUGCAGGCAGAGAAUGCAUCUUUGUCACCAACUGGAUUUUUGCCAUCGUGGCUUCUGCUCUGGCAUUUUUUGUUCCCUUCAUGGUCAUGUGCAGCAUGUAUUUCUUCAUCUACCGAGCUUCACGGCUCAAGGCCACUCGUAUCAUGUCUCAGACCCUGGAGCUUCACUACCACCCCAACAGCAAGCGGCAGAACCAUCUGCAGCUGGAGAACAAGGCCACACGGACCAUUAGCAUUAUCAUUUCAGUCUUUGUGCUCUGCUGGCUGCCGUACUUUGUCCUGAACGUCUGGCUCGCUGCCAGAGGCACCAACUCCACCAGCACGGUGUUGGUUGACACCUUCAAGAUCAUCACUUGGUUAGGGUAUUGCAACUCCACCAUCAACCCAAUGCUCUACGCUUUCCUGAACCGGGACUUCCAACGGGCCCUGAAGAAGCUGCUCAUUUGCAGGCACAGGUCUCAGGUGGACAUUGGAGAAGACAUGGUUUCCAUAGCCACGUUUUCCAAGACUGCUCCAGACCUCGAAUACAGCAUUACGGCGCCAGUGCCCAAUGGUGCCCUGAAAGGCAAACCCAAGUAA